AUGCACGAGGCCUUUUGGGAGCUCACUGGCUUCGGAGUCAUGGGAACUUCGAAGUUAAGCGAGUUGGGGGCUAGAGCAAUCCCAGGAUGGGGGACCUACUGGGAAAUUGCUCAUGAGCUCCUAGAAACAAAACCGCAAGGGCAGAGAGGGGGGCCCAAAGCGGACAAUAUCGUGCUACAGUGGAGCCGAUCUUGGGAUGCGACAAUUUGGUAUCAUAACUACUCUGCCGUAUGGUGCGAGUGUGCUGACGAGGACGUCGGGCCCCUAAGGGCUCAGUAG